AUGGAUACAGUCGUUAAGACUGACCGCUCCUCUGACUUUCGACGCAUCGAAAACGAUGCGCAACUUCGUGGUAGAGGAGGACUCCUUAUAGACUGCCUGAUGCGGAAUAUAGUAAACGCGAUAGGUGUUAACAGCGCGUUCAUCGACUUCUUCGAUGAAACCGGCUUUGAGAUGGUCUUCAAUAGCUGCGAUGUACUGUUUCCAUGCCGAUGGAGUACGUCGAAGACGCUGGUACUGGCUUACAAGACGACAAUACGCCAACUGCUUAUUGUCUGCCAAAGGUGGAUGCGAGGAUUUCCAAGGAAAUUGAACAUAAAGAAAACCGUCAAUAAACUUAGAAGACUUAUAAAAGUUGUCAAGAAUACGAGCAUUGAGCUCGUCGUCCCCUUUUGGAUCAUGAUUGUCAGUGAUACCUAUAGUCUCGACGACGAUCAUCCCAAGACGCGGACCUCGAGCGCUCACUGUUGGAAUAGCUUCUGCUUCUGCGUCCGUCAUAAGAUGGACUUCUAGACGGGUAUCUGUCCCACGACGAUGAGCGGUAAUUCCGCCUGUUGCGAUCAUAGUCGUGUCUGCGCGACCUUGCGGAGGCGUUUCCCUAGGAGAGAACCGAGUAGGAUGGAUCUGCGUCGAAUGCUCGAUGGUCUCGUAACGAGCUACGUCCUCCGGCAUCUCCUGCGAUGGUCUUGCGUCGUCAUCCUGGGCACUAAGCGCUGCACGGAUGUUCGACAAAUGUGCCUUGAGCGCUUCUUGACGGCGGUCAAGGAGCUGGCACUCGUCGGCCAGCGGAAGCAAUUCACUCGUACGCGGAUUGAUCAGAUCCUGCGGUAUCUUACCUUUAAUUGCUUCUAA